AUGCUCGAAUACUUCACAUACAAGAAGGUCAAGAAACACCAAGCUGAGAAACAAGGAAACACCUCCAAAUCCAACACCCCUCUUGCAUCUGCAGUUCCAGCUUCCCCAGCAGUUUCUUCACGUCCGCGCCCUCUCAAUACAGUCAGAAGUCCAUCUGCGGAGUUGAGAAAAGAAGGCGCAAGUCCGAUUCUUAAUGAAGAAGAUGAGUACUUCUUGCAUAGGUUUAUAAGUGCAGAGGAAACUCCACCUCCACUUCCGCUGAGAAGACCUACGUUACCGGUCAGACCUAGUGAAAGGGCUAUUGAGGGAAGAAGGAUGGGAGAUGAGGCUGGGGAGUGGAGGGAUAAUGAGUUGCAGAUGAUUUUGAGGGAGGAUGGUGAGGGAGAGAUUGCUGAAAAAGAUAAGGAGGAUAAGGUGCGGGGUAAAGGAAAGGGAAAGAUGGGUAAGGAGGAAGAGAAAAUUGAUGACAAUACUGAGAAAGCGGCGAACAAAUGGAAAAAGUUGAGUUUUUUGCAUAAAGGCAAAAAGGAAAGGGAUACCAAAGAUAAAAACUCAGGUCUACAACCAGACCCUAAUAUUUCCGACACAGAAGCCCAACGCGAACAAGACGAUCUCACCAAAGUCCUCGACGAUCUCUCCUUGACUGCUUCCAAUAACCGCGCCUUUUCCCUCUCCCCCGAUUCCACCGUCCUCGUCCAAAAAUUCACCCUCAUCCUCAAAGAUCUUAUAAACGGUGUACCAACCGCCUACGACGACCUCGUCCAUCUACUAGAAGAUUCCCAAGGAACCCUCUCCAAAUCCUACGAUUCCCUCCCUUCCUUCCUCCAAAAACUGAUCACUCAACUCCCCCAAAAAGUAACAACAACUCUCGCUCCCGAACUCCUAGCCGUAGCUACAGAAGCCCAAGCCCACAAUGUCGCGAAUGCUGCAUCUGCCGCACAAACAGGUGGAAUGGGCGCUGCAGCUAAGGCAUUCCUUACACCUUCUUCCCUUAAAGAUUUAGUUACCAAACCGGGUGCUGUGGUGAGUAUGUUAAAAGCGAUUGUCAAUGCGUUGAAAUUGCGCUGGCCGGCUUUUAUGGGGACGAAUGUUUUGCUUAGUUUGGCACUUUUUGUGCUGUUGUUUGUUUUUUGGUAUUGUUAUAAGAGGGGGAAGGAGGUUAGGUUGGCGAGGGAUGGGAGGGCUCUUGCUGAGGGGGAGGGAUUUACACCUGGGGAGGAGGGAGGUAAAGAUCUAGGGGUGAUUCGACAGGGAUCGAGACGGGAGGGUGGUGGUGGCAGUGAUGGUGAUGGGGAUGGGUAUAAAGCGAGGAGAGAUGCGCGAAGGAGAGAAAAGGAAGAUAGGAGGGAAGAGGGAAUGAGUAGAAGUCGAAGAAGUGAAAAGGGGAGGAAAUAA